CGGGGCCGCGCGCACUCGGGACGGGACCGAGCCCGGGAGCGGAACGGGACCGGGAACGGACCGGGAACGGAGCCCCCCCAGCCCGGCCCCGCCAUGGCCCGGCGCGGCCCCGCGCUGCCCCUCGCCCUCCUCGGGCUCAGCCUGGCCCUGGCCCGGCCCGCGGCGGCCGCAGAUCCCAUCGACGUGCUCCAGGUCCUCCAGCUCCACACCCUGCCCGAGGGCGUGAAGAAGGCGCCGGGCUUCUGCUCCCAGCACGGUGCCGGCGCCGCCACCGCCGACGCCUACCGGAUAACGCGGCGCGCGCAGCUCAGCGCGCCCACCCGCCAGCUCUUCACCGGUAAAUUCCCCGAGGAUUUCUCCAUCAUGGCGCUGGUGAAGGCCAAGCCCGGCGUUCAGGCCUUCCUGCUCUCCAUCUACAACCGGGACGGCGUCCAGCAGCUGGGCCUGGAGCUCGGCCGCUCGCCCGUCUUCCUCUACGAGGACCAGCAUGGCCGCCCGGCCCCCGAGGACUACCCGCUCUUCCGCGGCAUCGACCUGGCCGACGGCGAGUGGCACCGGGUGGCCCUGAGCGUCCGCGGGCGCACGGUGACGCUGCUGCUGGACUGCCAGGAGAAGGUGAAGCGGCCCCUGCCCCGCAGCGCCCGCCCCGUCCUCGACACCCGCGGCAUCACCGUCUUCGGCACCCGCAUCCUGGACGAGGAGGUUUUCCAGGGCGACAUCCAGCAGCUGCUCAUCGUGGCUGACGCGCAGGCGGCCUUCGACUACUGCGAGCACUACGCCCCCCGCUGCGCGCCCGGCGGCCCCCAGGCGCAGGAGCCCCCCCGGCAGCGGCACGAGUACUUUGAGGAGGACGCGGAGUACUACGAGUACCCCUACUACUACACAAAUAGCGAGGACGGGCCCCCGCAGGGGGGGGGGCCUGAAAAGGCAAUGGGGCUGCCCCCCACCCAGGAGCCCCAUCGGGCCGCCGCAACCCCAGAUCACCUCCCGGCCCCGCAGUGGGACCCCGACGGUGUGUCCCGUGGCGAUACGGGGCCGGCGGCCGCCCCGCUGCCGGAGGAAGGGGUGGCCGGCCCCGUGUACGGGCAUGACUCCGAGGAAUAUCGCGACUAUCGCGACUAUCACGACGGGGGGCUGGCGGAGCUGGGCCCUGCCAUGUCGGCCGAGAGGCAGGACAGCGGAGGUGCUGCGCGAGGCGCCAGGGGCUACAAGGGCGAGAAGGGCGAGCCGGCCGUCAUCGAACCGGGGAUGCUGGUGGAGGGGCCCCCCGGCCCCGAGGGACCCGCGGGUAUGUCAGGACCACCGGGGACGCAAGGACCACCGGGAGCCCCGGGAGAACCCGGCGAGAGGGGACCCCCCGGCCGCGCUGGGCUGCCCGGCUCCGACGGGACCCCAGGCCCCCCUGGGACCUCCAUGAUGCUGCCGUUCCGCUUUGGCAGCGGCGGCGGCGACAAGGGCCCGGCGGUUUCGGCGCAGGAGGCGCAGGCUCAGGCCCUCCUGCAGCAAGCACGGCUGGCCCUCCGGGGCCCCCCCGGACCCAUGGGGUACACCGGCCGCCCCGGGCCCAUGGGGCAGCCCGGCAGCACAGGGAUGAAGGGCGAAUCCGGAGAUUUCGGGCCCCAGGGUCCCCGCGGCCCUCAGGGACUGACAGGACCCCCGGGGAAACCAGGCCGGAGGGGUCGACCGGGAGCUGAUGGUGCCCGGGGGAUGCCCGGCGAUCCCGGUGUGAAGGGUGACCGAGGCUUCGACGGGCUGCCGGGGCUGCCGGGUGACAAGGGGCACAGGGGCGAAACCGGCUCCCAGGGCAUGCCAGGGCCCCCCGGUGAGGAUGGAGAGAGGGGAGACGACGGCGAGGUGGGACCCCGAGGGCUGCCCGGAGAAGCGGGCCCCCGAGGUUUGCUCGGCCCCAAAGGCCCCCCGGGAAUCCCCGGUCCUCCGGGCGUGCGUGGCAUGGACGGUCCUGUCGGGCCCAAGGGGAACCUGGGGCCACAAGGGGAGCCCGGACCCCCCGGCCAGCAGGGGACCCCCGGCACCCAGGGUCUGCCAGGCCCUCAAGGCGCUACGGGACCUCCUGGAGAGAAGGGCCCCCAAGGCAAACCCGGCCUCCCCGGCAUGCCCGGCUCCGAUGGCCCCCCAGGUCACCCCGGGAAGGAGGGACCCCCCGGCACCAAAGGCCACCAGGGCCCCUCGGGUCCCCAGGGCCCCAUCGGCUACCCAGGCCCCCGUGGCGUGAAGGGUGUCGACGGCAUUCGAGGGCUGAAGGGCCACAAGGGUGAGAAGGGCGAGGAAGGCUUCCCCGGCUUCAAGGGGGACAUGGGCGUGAAAGGAGACCGGGGCGAGGUCGGCGUGCCGGGGUCCCGCGGCGAGGACGGGCCCGAAGGUCCCAAGGGUCGGACGGGCCCCACCGGUGACCCAGGCCCCAUUGGGCUGGUGGGCGAGAAGGGCAAGUUGGGAGUGCCAGGGCUGCCCGGGUACCCGGGGCGCCAGGGCCCCAAGGGCUCGCAGGGGUUCCCCGGUUUUCCGGGCAGCAACGGCGAGAAGGGCGCUCGGGGUCUGUCGGGGAAAUCAGGGCCCAGGGGCGAGCGCGGCCCCACGGGUCCCAGGGGCCAGCGGGGUCCUCGAGGAGCCACCGGGAAGUCGGGGGCGAAGGGCACCUCUGGCAGCGACGGCCCCCAUGGUCCCCCGGGAGAAAGGGGCCUGCCGGGACCGCAGGGAACCAACGGCUUCCCGGGACCCAAAGGACCCCCCGGCCCCCCCGGCAAGGAUGGGCUCCCCGGGCACCCCGGGCAGCGAGGAGAAGUCGGUUUCCAAGGCAAGACUGGCCCCCCCGGCCCCCCCGGGGUGGUGGGACCGCAGGGACCAGCUGGGGAGUCUGGCCCCAUGGGGGAGCGCGGCCACCCGGGGCCCCCCGGCCCCCCGGGAGAACAAGGGCUGCCAGGACCGUCUGGCAAAGAGGGCACCAAGGGAGACCCCGGUCCCACCGGCUCCCCCGGGAAAGAUGGCCCCGCCGGCUUGCGGGGCUUCCCCGGCGAGCGGGGCCUGCCCGGCACCCCGGGUGGCCCGGGGCUGAAGGGCAACGAGGGACCGGCGGGACCCCCAGGACCCGCAGGCUCCCCCGGGGAGAGAGGAGGACCGGGACAAGGUGGCCCCGUUGGCCCCCCUGGGCGACCGGGACCACAAGGGCCACCGGGCCCCGCCGGAGAGAAGGGCGUCCCCGGUGAGAAAGGUCCCAUGGGCCCCGCUGGCCGGGACGGCGUUCAGGGCCCGGUGGGCUUGCCCGGCCCCGCCGGCCCCCCCGGUGGCCCCGGCGAGGACGGUGACAAGGGCGAGGUGGGCGAGCCGGGCCAGAAGGGCAGCAAGGGCAACAAGGGCGAGCACGGUCCUCCCGGUCCCCCCGGGCCCAUCGGGCCGGUCGGGCAGCCCGGAGCCGCCGGCGCCGACGGGGAGCCGGGUGCCAGAGGUCCCCAGGGCCACUUCGGUGCCAAGGGUGACGAGGGGACGCGGGGCUUCAACGGCCCCCCCGGCCCCAUCGGCCUCCAGGGUUUGCCGGGCCCGGCUGGUGAGAAGGGUGAAACGGGUGACGUAGGACCCAUGGGCCCCCCUGGCCCCCCAGGCCCCCGUGGCCCCGCUGGACCCUCUGGAGCUGACGGACCCCAGGGACCCCCUGGAGGUAUCGGCAACCUGGGCCCCCCCGGGGAGAAGGGGGACCCCGGUGAAUCGGGGGCCCCGGGCAUCCAAGGGGAACCAGGAGUCAAGGGCCCGCGAGGAGAGCGAGGGGAGAAAGGAGAAGCUGGAGCCGCUGGCGUGGCCGGGCCACCGGGGGGAAAAGGCCCCCCCGGUGACGAUGGGCCCAAGGGGAACCCCGGUCCCGUUGGUUUUCCCGGCGAUCCGGGACCCCCCGGCGAAAUGGGCCCCAGGGGCCAGGACGGUGCCAAGGGCGAGCGCGGGGAGGAUGGCGAGCCUGGGGAGCCGGGCUCGCCAGGUCCAACGGGCGAGAACGGGCCUCCUGGGCCCCUGGGGAAGAGGGGCCCCGCUGGCUCCCCCGGCCCCGAGGGGCGUCAGGGCGAGAAGGGCGCGAAGGGAGAACCCGGAGCCGUGGGUGCUCCCGGCAAGACCGGUCCCGUGGGGCCCCAGGGCCUUGCCGGCAAGCAGGGACCGGAUGGUCUCAGGGGUCUGCCGGGCUCGGUGGGAGAACAAGGCAAGCCGGGCACCACAGGGCAAGCUGGGCCACCGGGACCAGUGGGUCCCCCAGGUCUCCCCGGCCUCAAAGGUGACACCGGUGCCAAAGGAGAGAAGGGCCACCCUGGUCUCAUUGGCCUGAUCGGACCCCCAGGGGAGCAGGGGGAGAAGGGAGACCGGGGUCUGCCCGGCCCCCAGGGCUCCACGGGGCAGAAAGGAGAAACCGGGAUCCCUGGAGCUACCGGACCCAUCGGCCCUGCUGGCCCCCCCGGCCUUCCCGGCCCAGCAGGUCCCAAAGGUGCCAAGGGAGCCAUGGGCCAAGCAGGACCCAAAGGCGAACGCGGACCUCCGGGACCCCCCGGACACCCGGGCCCCCCCGGGGAGGUGAUCCAGCCCCUGCCCAUCCAGCUGCCCAAGAAGAGCAAGCGCUCCAUCGACGCCAGCAAGCUGGUGGAGGAGGAGGAGGAGGAGGAAGGUGGAGAGCGAGCAGCUGCCGACCAGGCGGCUCGCGACUACGCCGACGGCAUGGAGGAGAUCUUCGGCUCCCUCAACUCCCUCAAGCAGGAGAUCGAGGGCAUGCGGCGCCCGAUGGGCACCCAGGACAACCCGGCCCGCACCUGCCAGGACCUGCAGCUCAGCCACCCCAGCCUGCCUGACGGCGAGUACUGGAUUGACCCCAACCAGGGCUGCGCCCGAGACUCCUUCAAGGUCUUCUGCAACUUCACAGCGGGCGGGGAGACCUGCGUCUUUCCCAGCAAGGACAUAGAGGAGGUGAAGAUGUCGUCCUGGGAGCAGGAGGAGCCCCAGCGGUGGUUCAGUCAGUUCAAGGAGGGCAGCAGGUUCUCCUACACAGACUCGGACAGCCAGCCCCUUGGCGUGGUGCAGCUGACCUUCCUACGGCUCCUCAGUGUCUCUGCCCGCCAAAACUUCACGUACCACUGCCACCGCUCGGUGGCCUGGCACAGCACCACCGCCGGGGACCAUCGGCAUGCCCUCCGCUUCCUGGCUGCCAACGAGGAGGAGCUCAGCUACGACACCAGCCCCUACAUCAAAGCUGUGACAGACGGCUGCGCGGCACGAAAGGGCUCCAGCCAAACGGUGCUAGAGGUGAGCACGCCCCGCCUGGAGCAGCUCCCGCUAAUGGAUGUGCGAGUCAUGGACUUUGGCGAGCCCAGCCAGAGGUUCGGGUUCGAGGUGGGACCAGUCUGUUUCCUCGGCUAGGACCAACCAGUCCCCUACAACUGUCACCCUCCCUGCCACACCCUGGCCUCCCGUGGGGCGAUCCUUGCCCCCUCGCCUCCCCACUGCCCGCCCCUCGUGUCACCUCCCCACCUGCUGCUGCGAGGGGCGGAUGUGGUCAGCCCCGUCCGCACACGUCGAGACCGAAACGCCAUCACCUCCACUGGGGCCAGGGUCUGGAGAGAUGCCAAAGAGACUUUAACGCUUAGAAUAAAUCUAUAUUUUAAUAUGUAGAGAGACAGAGAGGAAAAUUUUUAACUGAUCCACUGGCUACCUCCCUCGACGCCCAGCAGUGCUCCCUUUCUCCCAGUAUCUCCCUCCGAAUCCCAGUGCUCCUUCCCAGCACUCCCAGGGCUUCAUUUUCCACGCUCCCAGCUCCACAGCCCCAGGGAAGCCCUCGAGGAGCACACCCGCCAGCAAAGGGAGCAUUGCUUGGCUUUGCUCUCUGCCCGGAGAGCUGAAGGGUUUCAAAGCAAGCCUGGGCCACUGCUGCCCUUGGUGGCCAUGCACUGCUAGCGAGCGCUCGGGGUUAGCAUGAGAGUUCUCGUAUCUCCCUCUCCAUGCGGAUUCGCACCACAACAGCCCUUGUGCUCCCAAGUCAUGGUCAGAGGGACUGGACCCGGGGCCAAAUCUGUCCCCAGGCGUGCCAUCUCCUGUAUAUACAACCCCACGGCAGCAGUGCCUGACCACCUCCGACAACUGAGCGACGUUUGUGGGUUCCCUAGCCCGGCCCAGCCUGGCUCAUAGAGGUGAAGCUUCUGCUUGACUUCGUUAACUCUGCUAAUCCAGGCUAAUUAAUUUGAAAAAGCUUCCCUGUCGCAUCGGGGUGCCACUUCACAGCCCCGCAGCACCCAUCAAUGUGGUGGGUGCUGGUCCCUGUCCUCAGUCCUACCUCCGGUCACUGCGAGGCGUCCUCACGAUGGGUGUGCUUAAAAAGCCUCCAACACCGCCUGCCCGUAGCCCGUGGAAAGCAGUGAGGAAGAAGGACGUUGUGUUUUUACUGUGUUUUAUUUUUUUUUCUAUUUUAAAUUAAUUAUAUUAUUUAAAGGAGUGGAUACAACCAUCAGUACUGGUCCCUGCUGCGUAAUUUUUGGAUUUUCCCCCCAAAAAAUAAGAUGUGAAUUUCCGCAUGACCCAGCACAGUGCCUGGGGGAGGAGGGAGGAAAAAAUAAAAAAUAAAAAAUUAUUUUCUUGGUGCCGUCCGAUAAAAAGAAGUUUAAAGGGCACCAGUCUUUGCUUUUUUGUUUUCUUAAAAAGCAGAGGCAUGCCCCCUGGUGCUGAGCUGGCAGCGUGUGUAAUGUUUUGUAAGUAAUUUUUUAAGUUGUAUUGUAAUAUAUCAUCUAUAAUUUU